CGAGCGAGCGAGCGCGAGGCGGAGGGAAGGAAGGCAGGAGGGCGCGCGCGCGCAGGCUCUAUACCCCGGGACCAAGCUGGGCUGGAAGGAGGACCCGCCGCGUCCCUCCUCGACCCGCGGGUUAUGGAGACUCCUGGGGCGCUGAAGGUGGAGCAGCAGAAGCAGAAGCAGCAGCAAGGGAGGCGGCGGCGGAGGGGAGCACAGCGAGGCGAAGCGGGGCUGGCGGCUGCAUCUCUGGCCGAGGGGCGCACGCCCAGGAGAGGGACAGGCCUUUCUUUGUGUGGAAAAAGAAGAUGAUGUUGACGAUGACACAGAUGCAUGGAUGAUUUUAUGUAAUUUACACUUUGUAGCUUUGCAAAAAGCAAUUAUCAUUGUGGAGUGUUUACAAUGAUUUAUGGGAGAAAGUUGGCCUAGUAGAGGGAUGCCGAUAAUAUCAACACAGUGCACUGAAUGUACUUUUACACCUUUAUUGACAUAUAAAUUACCUGUGCCAAGUAUGCAAUGAGGAGGAUGCUGGUGGAGGAAUGUGGAGGAUGGUGGAACAAUGAUGUGGCCUAGACUACUAAGUAUGGAUUCAUCUCUGCCAUCCCUCUAUGAAGCACAUCAAUGGAAUUCUACAUCUGAGCCAAAGUAGAGAAUAAAGGUGCUUGCAAUGCUUUUUUCGUUGAGAUAAUUAGCAGAGAUGGCACACCAGCAUUCUGAAAGGAUUAUAGAAAACAAAGAAAAGAUUUGAAGUUCGUGCAUUUUUUCUUUAAAAAUCACAUUGAUAUUUUCUUACUCAUCCUGUGGAUUUUGAGAAGAAAACUUCAGGAGACACAAGGAAUACUUCUUACUGGGAAAUGGAAUCUGGAUCAGAGUCUAGCCAGCAUCAGAAAAAAAAAGCUGUGACACAUGGACUGGAAGAUCAAAAAAGAAUUUAUACUGAUUGGGCCAAUCACUAUUUAGCAAAAUCUGGACAUAAACGCUUGAUAAAGGACUUGCAGCAAGAUGUAACCGAUGGUGUUCUACUGGCAGAAAUCAUCCAGGUUGUCGCAAAUGAAAAAAUAGAAGACAUCAAUGGCUGUCCAAAGAAUAGAUCUCAAAUGAUUGAAAACAUAGACGCGUGUCUGAGUUUCUUGGCUGCCAAAGGAAUAAACAUACAGGGACUGUCUGCAGAAGAAAUCAGGAAUGGGAAUUUAAAGGCCAUCUUAGGUCUUUUCUUCAGUCUAUCACGGUACAAACAACAGCAGCAGCAGCCUCCGAAACAGCAUUCACAACACUACCCAUCUCAGCCACUCCCCACGUCUCCCCAGCAAGUAGGAUCUCCAUCCCAUUGCCAGGUUGGACUCCAAGAACAGCAACUGCAACAACCGCACCAGCAGCAGCAGUCCCAGCAACCAGUGCCAGCUUCUCCCCAGAUCCAGUGCCAACAACCUCAGCAACCGCCACACCUUCAGCUAAAAGCACAACCAGAAAUGCAGUCCAGUGCAUCACCCAGGGACUCAUCUCAAAGCAAAAUCAUCCGAUUCACUCUCGGUCAGAAAAAGACUUCUAGACUUCCAGGUCCAACCACAAGGGUUUCAGCUGCAGGCAGCGAAGCAAAAACUCGUGGUCCAAUUAGUGCCAACAACCGCCGCAGCCAGAGCUUUAACAACUAUGAUAAAUCCAAACCCACAAGCCCACCAUCCCUUCUAUCGAACAGCAAUGAGAAAGAGCCAGCAGAGAGUUUAGCCGCACAGCCCACAGGGAUGAAUGAAAACGAAUUGUCUUCAGUCCAAAGCAGCAGCAGCCCCAGUACUGCUAGUUGCAAUAGCUCUUCUGCGAUCCCCCAGCCCAACUCUGCUGUCAAACCCUGGCGCAGCAAGUCCUUGAGCGCAAAGCACUCUGCCACUUCUUCCACAUUAACAGUAAAGCAGCAGGUUCAAGAGUCUCCAAAACCCGCUCCAGAGAUGGUCAAAACAACUCCCAAUGGUCAGAAAUCUAUGCUCGAGAAGCUGAAACUAUUUAAUACAAAAGGUGGAUCCAAAGCAGGAGGGCCAUCCCUUGAAUGCCCAGUAUCUCGGGACACUAGUUGUGAAAGACUAGAGGCUCUCCCAAGCUUUGAAGAAAGUGAGGAAAUAGAUGCUGCAAAUCGGAAUGUGAACAAUCCAGGACCAGCCUCUAAUAGUCCCAAAAUUGCACUCAAGGGAAUUGCACAAAGAACAUUUAGCCGGGCACUGACCAAUAAAAAGAGUUCCCCAAAGGGCAAUGAGAAAGAAAGAGAGAAGCAGAAGGAUAAAGAAAAGGACAAAAACAAAGAUGCUGCAAAGAGAACCUCUGUAACAGAAAGAGCCGAACUAAAAGAGGAGCUGAAGGAAGAACAGAUCCCACCUGCUAUCACAGAGAUGCCAAAAAAAUCCUCCAAGAUUGCAAGCUUUAUUCCCAAAGGAGGAAAGCUAAACAGCACCAAGAAGGAGGCACCUGCCCCUUCCCACAGUGGAAUACCAAAACCAGGGAUGAAAAACACCACAGGGAAAUCCACAAGUGCCCCAAGCUGUGUUGCAAAAGAAGGCGAGAGAAGCCGCAGUGGGAAGCCUGCCUCAGGCCUCUCUCAUCAGAAGACCCAGCUCGACGGGAGGAAUUCAAGUUCCACGUCAAGCUUGGCCUCUUCUGAAGGCAGGGGAAUAGGAGCGGCAUCUGCUCUGAGCACUAGCAACAGCACUCAGGCUGUCAAUGGGCCAACAAGCAGUACCACCCAGACCACAGGAAGCAAUACUGUGAGCGUUCAGCUACCUCAUCCGCAACAGCAAUACAGCCACCCAAACACUGCCACAGUAGCACCAUUCAUGUACAGAUCCCAGACAGACAAUGAAGGAAAUGUAACGGCUGAGCCCAGCACAGGAGGAGUGAGCACAAGCAUGGAUUCUGCUCCUUACACUAAAACUGGACAGCCUAUUCUAGAAGAUCUUUCUGGGGAAGAUCCUGAAACCCGCCGAUUACGAACUGUCAAAAAUAUAGCUGAUCUCCGACAAAACCUAGAGGAGACCAUGUCUAGCCUACGAGGAACCCAGGUCUCUCACAGCACACUGGAGACCACCUUUGAUACCAAUGUCACCACGGAAAUAAGUGGACGUAGUAUUCUCAGUUUGACAGGAAGGCCAACACCUUUAUCUUGGAGACUUGGGCAGUCGAGUCCCCGACUUCAAGCAGGUGAUGCUCCCUCCGUUGGCAAUGGAUAUCCUCCAAGAGCCAAUGCCAGCCGGUUUAUCAAUGCAGAAUCAGGGCGUUACAUGUAUUCAGCACCUUUGAGAAGACAGCUGGCAUCUCGGGGCAGUAAUGUUUGCCACAUGGAUAUCUCAGAAAAAGGCGGCGAGGAAAUAGAUCUUGAAGGCAUCAACAUGGAUGCUCCUGGUUAUAUGAGUGAUGGAGAUGUUCUGGGGAAAAAUAUAAGGAGUGAUGACGUUACGAGUGGGUAUAUGACUGAUGGUGGAUUGGGUCUUUAUACUCGAAGGUUAAACAGGCUUCCUGAUGGGAUGGCUGCUGUACGGGAAACUCUGCAACGCAAUACCUCACUGGGUCUGGGUGAUGCUGACAGGGUUCUCCAUGGGCAGCAAAGUGGAGAAGAGCUUUGGCCUAAUGACCCAGAAAGCUGGGAUGACAGCAGUUCUGUCAGCAGUGGGAUUAGUGACACCAUAGAUAAUCUCAGCACUGAUGACAUUAACACCAGCUCCUCCAUCAGCUCCUAUGCAAACACACCAGCAUCCUCCCGUAAGAACCUAGAUGCCCAGACUGAUGCUGAAAAGCAUUCCCAAGUGGAGCGGAAUUCUUUGUGGUCUGGUGAUGAAAUCAAAAAAUCCGAUGGAGGCUCAGACAGUGGUGUAAAAAUGGAGCCUGGAUCAAAAUGGAGAAGAAAUCCAUCUGAUGUGUCUGAUGAAUCGGAUAAAAGUACUUCUGGGAGGAAGAACACAGUUAUUUCGCAGACGGGUUCCUGGAGACGAGGCAUGUCAGCUCAGGUUGGCAUUACCUCGCCAAGGACAAAAACAGCAGCCACUUCAGGAACUCUGAAGACACCUGGAACAGGGAAAACGGAUGAUGCCAAGGUAUCCGAAAAGGGUAGAAUUUCUCCCAAAUCUGGACACAUUAAACGUUCCCCGUCAGAUGCUGGACGUAGCAGUGGUGACGAAUCAAAAAAACCUUCUACCAACAACUCUAGGACAGCUGUUGCUAAUACAAAUGCAUUUGGAUUUAAGAAACAGAGUGGUUCAACUGUAGGCAUGACCAUGAUAACAGCUAGUGGGGCAACAAUCACCAGUAGAUCUGCCACAUUGGGGAAAAUCCCUAAAUCAUCUGGACUCCUGGGCAGGUCCACUGGUCGAAAGACUAGUGUUGAUGGCUCACAGAAUCAGGAUGAUGGUUACUUAGCAAUUAGUACCCGAACCAAUCUUCAGUAUCGGAGUUUACCCAGACCCAGCAAAUCCAGCAGCAGAAGUGGAGCUGGCAAUAGAUCUAGUACCAGCAGCAUAGACUCCAACAUAAGCAGCAAGUCUGCAGGCUUGCCUGUUCCUAAAAUGAGAGAACCAACUAAAAUUGCUCUUGGGAGCUCUCUGCCAGGAUUAAUCAACCAAACAGACAAAGAGAAAGGGAUCUCGUCAGACAAUGAAAGUGUCAUCUCCUGUAAUUCUGUUAAAAUGAACCCAGCAUCUCAAACGCCUUCUAGUGCUUCCCAGAUAGCUCACCAGCAAGGAGUCAAGUACCCAGAUGUGGCCUCCCCCACUUUGCGUAGACUUUUUGGUGGCAAGCCUAAUAAACAAGCUCCCAUCACAACAGCUGAAAGCAUGAAAAAUUCUGUGGUUAUCUCCAAUCCACAUGCGACCAUGAGCCAACAGGGGAACCCAGAUUCUCCUUCUGGUAGUGGCAUUCUGAGCAGCGGUGGUAGUAGUCCUCUCUAUAGUAAAAAUGCAGACAUUAACCAGUCUCCAUUAGCAUCUAGUCCAAGUUCAGCUCAUUCAGUUCCUUCCAACAGUUUAACCUGGGGGACUAAUCCCAGUAGUUCUUCUGCUGUUAGCAAAGAAGGGAUUGGAUACCAAUCUGUCAGCAGUCUGCACACCAGUUGUGAAUCCAUUGAUAUCUCUCUCAGCAGUGGAGGUGGGCUGAGUCACAACUCUUCCACUGGUUUGAUUGCAGCUGCAAAAGAUGAUUCAUUGACACCUUUUGUUAGAACCAACAGCGUUAAGACAACAUUGUCUGAAAGCCCUCUCUCUUCCCCUGCUGCUAGUCCCAAAUUCUGCAGAAAUACUUUACCCAGAAGACAGGACAGCGACCCACAUCUUGAUAGGAACACUUUGCCUAAGAAAGGACUCAGGUAUACUCCAUCAUCUCAACUUCGUAAUCAAGAAGAAGCAAAAGAAUGGCUCCGUUCACACUCUGCUGGAGGACUUCAAGAUACAGUUGUCAAUUCCCCAUUUUCUUCUGGCUCUAGCAUUACAUCACCUUCUGGGACCAGAUUUAACUUUUCCCAACUUGCAAGCCCCACCACAGCAGCCCAGAUGAGCUUGUCAAAUCCAACCAUGCUCCGGACGCACAGUCUCUCUAAUGCAGAUGGCCCUUAUGAUCCUUACAGUGAUUCCCGGUUCCGGAACAGCUCAAUGUCACUGGAUGAAAAGAGCAGGACAAUGAGCCGUUCUGGGUCAUUCCGGGAUGGCUUUGAAGAGGUGCAUGGCUCCUCUCUUUCAUUGGUAUCGAGUACAUCAUCAAUUUAUUCAACGCCUGAAGAAAAAUGUCAAUCAGAGAUUCGCAAGUUGAGGAGGGAAUUGGAUGCAUCCCAGGAAAAAGUCUCAGCUCUGACAACACAAUUGACUGCCAAUGCUCACCUUGUGGCAGCUUUUGAACAGAGUCUGGGGAACAUGACCAUUAGACUGCAAAGCCUUACUAUGACUGCAGAACAGAAGGAUUCAGAACUGAAUGAGUUAAGAAAGACGAUUGAGCUACUGAAGAAGCAAAAUGCUGCUGCUCAGGCUGCCAUUAAUGGAGUAAUUAACACACCUGAGCUUGCCUGCAAAGGAGGUGGGGCUUCCCAAACCACUGAUCUGCGGAUCCGAAGACAGCACUCUUCUGACAGUGUCUCUAGCAUUAACAGCGCUACUAGCCAUUCUAGUGUGGGAAGCAACAUAGAAUGUGAUUCUAAGAAAAAGAAAAGAAAGAACUGGUUGCGCAGUUCUUUCAAACAAGCUUUUGGUAAAAAGAAGUCUCCUAAAUCAGCAUCUUCUCAUUCUGAUAUCGAGGAGAUGACAGAUUAUUCACUGCCUUCAUCACCAAAACUGCCUCACAAUGGCUCUGUUGUGUCUACACCAUUAUUGAGAACCUCACAUUCCAAUUCUCUGAUUUCAGAUUGCAUUGACAGUGAAGCAGAAACAGUCAUGCAGUUGCGAAAUGAGCUCAGAGACAAGGAGAUGAAGCUGACUGAUAUCCGUCUGGAGGCUCUCAGCUCUGCCCACCAACUCGACCAGCUUCGGGAAGCAAUGAACAGAAUGCAGAGUGAGAUUGAGAAACUAAAAGCAGAAAAUGAUCGUCUGAAGUCUGAAAAUCAAGGCAGCUGUAGUAGGGCCCAGUCUCAGGUUUCCAUUUCAUCCUCUCCAAGGCAAUCUAUGGGACUCUCUCAGCACAGCCUGAACCUCACAGAGUCAGCUAGUCUUGAUAUGCUCCUAGAUGACUCCAGUGAUGGCCCUUCUCGGAAAGAAGGUGGCAGACAUGUUAAAAUAAUUGUCUGCUUUCAGGAUGAAGUUAAAUGGAAAGAGGAUUCUCGGCCCCGCCUCUUUCUCAUUGGCUGCAUAGGAGUCAGUGGAAAAACCAAAUGGGAUGUUCUGGAUGGAGUUGUUAGAAGGCUUUUUAAGGAAUACAUCAUUCAUGUAGAUCCUGUGAAUCAGCUGGGGUUGAAUUCAGACAGUGUCCUGGGAUACAGCAUUGGGGAAAUCAUUCGCACAAAUGGCUCAGAGACACCUGAACUUCUGCCCUGUGGCUAUCUGGUUGGUGAAAACAACACCAUCUCAGUGACUAUCAAAGGUAUUACAGAAAAUAGUUUGGACUGCCUGGUUUUUGAAUCACUGAUCCCAAAGCCUAUAUUACAGCGUUACGUGUCACUGUUGGUGGAACACAGGAGAAUAAUUUUGUCUGGUCCAAGUGGCACCGGAAAGACAUACUUAGCCAAUCGUCUGUCAGAGUAUAUGGUACUUAGAGAAGGCAGGGAGCUGGCUGAUGGUGCUAUUGCAACUUUUAAUGUGGAUCACAAGUCCAGUAAGGAACUCCGUCAAUAUCUUUCCCACCUCGCUGACCAAUGCAAUAGUGAAAACAAUGCUGUGGAGAUGCCUUUGGUGAUUAUCUUGGACAAUUUGCACCACGUUAGCUCCCUGGGAGAGAUCUUCAAUGGUCUCUUGAACUGCAAGUACCACAAAUGUCCCUACAUUAUUGGAACAAUGAACCAGGCAACAUCCUCUACGCCCAACCUUCAGCUCCAUCACAACUUCAGAUGGGUUCUGUGUGCCAACCACACUGAGCCAGUCAAGGGUUUUCUUGGUCGUUUCUUGAGAAGGAAGCUCCUUGAAACAGAAAUUGGUGGCCGGAUGAGAAAUGCAGAAUUGGUCAAGAUCAUAGAUUGGAUCCCUAAAGUCUGGCAACAUCUCAAUAAGUUCUUGGAGGCUCAUAGUUCUUCAGACGUUACUAUUGGUCCACGACUCUUUCUCUCAUGCCCUAUAGAUGUGGAUGGUUCUAGGGUUUGGUUUACUGACCUUUGGAACUACUCAAUCGUUCCCUAUCUUCUUGAGGCUGUCAGAGAAGGGCUACAGUUGUAUGGAAGAAGAGCUCCCUGGGAAGACCCUGCCAAAUGGGUAAUGGAGACAUACCCAUGGGCAGCCACCCCACAACACCACGAAUGGCCUCCUUUGCUCCAGCUGCGGCCAGAAGAUGUUGGAUUUGAUGGUUAUUCUAUGCCUCGGGAAGGUUCAACCAGCAAACAAGUUCCUCCCAGUGAUGCUGAAGGAGAUCCUCUGAUGAACAUGCUGAUGAGAUUGCAAGAAGCAGCUAACUAUUCAAGCCCACAGAGUUACGACAGUGACUCCAACAGCAACAGCCACCAUGACGACAUCCUUGAUUCAUCCCUGGAGUCAACAUUGUGAUGCCAAACUAGCAGAAAUUGUUGUUGCCAAUUUUUUUGCUUAGGAAAAAAAUAUCCUGAAUUGAUGAGGAUAGCUGGUCGGUGCUCCAGAUGGAUGUCUCAGUAUUAGAGCUGCAAGAACAAUAUAAACUUCUUCCCCCUUCUGCUGCCCACCUCCCUCAUUCAGUGUCAAAUGUGGGUGCAGGCAACCCACUGGAUGUUUUUAUGUGUUUUUAUUAUUCGUUUUUUCAUUAAUAAGAACUGCACUACUUUAUUUUUGUUCAUUUGACUUUGUUGCAAGCUCACAUACCUAAGACACUGAAUAAUUUUUUUCAGAAAUUCAUUAUUAAUACGAAUUUCAAUGGGGAGUAUGUUGGGAGGGGGGAAGAGGAGAAAAUAAAAAUGCUCACCUUGAAAGCUAUAGAACAAACAAGAAAGCUCUGUGCUACAUAUUGUCCAGAAAGAGAGUGGAUCUUUCUUAUUCUGCUUUUGAUCAAACUCAUUCAGUUAUGGUGGAAUUUUUACAAGUGAUCUUUCUGUCUAACCUCAGCUACCGAUAGUUCUGGUGCUAUAAAAUAGUUGCUCGCCUUGAUAGUAAUAUUUCAUAAAAGGCAAAGAGAUGAAAAACAGGGAAAUUUAAAAUAUUCAUACAUAUAAACAUACACUUCCUGCAAUGAAAUCGUCCCCCAUUUUGAGGGCUUGGCUUUAUUUAUUUAUUUAUUAUUAUUUCCAUAUUGUGUACACAAAUGUGGCACUAGACUCAAUCCAUUGAGCAAAGCGGCUGCAUAUCAUCUGUUUAUCACCACUGAAGCUGUGAAUGUUGUGCUUCAUUUAGACCAGGAUCUGAAGAAGAUACAUAUGUGUAGAAGAAGAAUCAAGCAUGAAGCUUUUUCACUACAGCUAUUCUCUUUGCUGAAGAGGCAAGUUUUUAUAGAAAAUUGAUAGAGGUUUAUCUCUUCAGCAGUAGAACCUGCUGAGAGUGGCCCAAAUCCACCCUCUUGUACCAAUCUGAGCAAACCUACUGAGUCCUGGGAACUUGAGUAAGUUGACACUUAAGUAAAUUUAGGUGAUUCAGUGGCUGUACUUGGCUUGGAACUAGCAAUUGGACUUAGGCCAAAGAAAAGUGAAACCAGGAUACCUAUUUGUUCUUUGGGCUCCAGCCCAUAUAUAUGAAAUGUGAAUUUAAAAACAAUGUAAACACUAUAAAACAUCAGUUCAGGUUUUUGAAUACUAUGAUCAGUGAUUUAACAAAAUGCUGAAGAAGGAAUUGCCAAGAUCUAAAGAGCUGCUCAGUCUUUGCACUGGUUUAAUAGAAAUUACCUGUUCUUUCUUUUUCUUUUUGAUAGCUGUAUCUUGAAGAACAGAGUAAACUCCCAAUUUGUAAAAACAAUUUGUCAUAGAGCAAAAUUCCCAGUCUGAAUUCCCUUUGUAGAAUGAAUUAUAUGAAUGGUUCUUUGGACUCUGGCAGUGCACACACACACCUCCAUUAGCCCCAUGGAUCCUAAUGUUUGCUGCAUGUUUAAAUGCAAAAGCACAUCAGAAGGGUGCACCUAUAUGCCUCAACAUUAGUUUUGUAAGAAGUGGCAACAUGAGUUGCAGGAGUAAAACAACAUGGGGGGACUUGUUCCACACCCUCAUAGGCCAAGGAGAUGGUUAUCAAACAUGGACUGCUUAAAAAGGGAAUGCCUGAAUAAAGACUUAUUUAAUCUUGUCUUUCCCUCUGCUUUUCCCACACUGAUUACCAUCCCUUGGGAUAGACUGUUCUUUAUUGUCUUGGGACAACGUCAGUUUGCUCAAAACAGCUUGUGAAAAGAUAAAAGGAUUUGGGGGGGGGGGGGGGGUGUCAUAGCAAAGGUUGGGAAAUAUGAAUAACAUCUGAGACUGUACUCACUAAAAUAAGUUAAUUUCUCUUAGUCCAGAGUUUUCUGCCUAAUUAGAUCCCCCCCUUUCAUUCAUAUAUGCAAUAUGAUUCCUGCAGAUAUGGGGCUAAUGGGCAUUGUAAUCCAAUUCAUCUGUAUGGGAACACCUUUCCCAUCUCUACUAUAAUUUUUCCAGAAUUGUGCUUUUAAACCUGUCACCAAACCAUUAACAUAUUUCUCUGCAUCCCAGUAUCAUCUCCAAAUGCACAGAAUAGGAAUUUGGAGGGGUUAUUUUGUUAACAAUGAGAGCUUGGUGCUUUCUUCUUCUGGGGGACAAAAACAACUUGCAAAAACUGUACUCUGGUUUGUGUGUGGGGUUUUGUUUCAAGUUUACAACAGCAACCAGCCAGGAGUGAGGACAACAGCCCUCUGCAUUCACACAUGAAUCAACAUACAAGCCUUUUCAGCUAUCUUUGGGUGCUGAUUUUUUUAACGUGAUGCCUUACCUACUUUCUACUAUUUGUGUUUGAAUUCCAUCAAUGCUGUAUAUGAUGGAAGGUUUCUUUUAAUUUAAACAAAACAGGGCUAUUGAAGUCAUCUCUAGGAAUACAAUGAAGUGAGUUGAUGUGAAUAUUGUUCGUAAUAAUAUGUAUGGAAUUCUUUUUCAUGGUAAAUGUGACAAUAUCUAAGAGGGGAAAGGAUGCAUAGAAAGGAAUGAACCUUUUGAGAAUUUCCAUAUCAGCCUACAGCUAGCCACCUAAUCAUUGGAUAGUUGUUUCUACAAUGGAAGCAAAAGAGAAAAAAAAACCUUUUUGUAUGAGACUGCAUGGCAUCACUACUAAACUCAAGUGAUGAAGUCUUUCUAUGUAUGGUUUUGAAAUAUGCAGUUAAAAUAUUUGCCACAUUUUUUGAAAAGAGUUUACUGAGCUGGUAGUUUUGCUCAUACCUCAUAAUUUUCUGCUUUCAGUGAUAGUGAAUUUAUUAUGUUGUCUUUUGAGCCUUUAAUGAACUUGAUUUUUAUCCAUUUUCUAACACCAUUUGGAAUAACACGGUCAUUUGUAAAAGACAAUACUGAAUUACUCAAAUGGACAUUUACUAUUGAAUAUAAAAGGGAUUCUUGAGUGUUACUUUUCAAAACAGAAGAUGAUUACUCUGCUAAUCUUGUUAAUUCCACUACCAUUGCCCAGAAUGAUAAAACAAUCAAGCUGUUUUUGGAAAACAAUUUCCCAUGAGGAUUCUGCCCUUCUUGUAGUACAAGUAUUUCCACUUAUAUGGAAAGGAUUUUGUAUUAGCUCUCACCCCGCUAUGCUAGCUUUCCACUUACAGAAUAUUUUUAAAAAUCCAUUUAAUGUAAGUUGGAUGCAUACUUUCUAAAAAUGGUACAGUCCUGGAGGAAUUGUGCCAUGUGCUUUUUCUGUACUAAUUAUUUCAGUAAAUCUGGGUUUACUGCAAUCUUAUUGUUUGCUUCAUAGGGAUAUGUUUGCUUCAUAGGGAUAUGUUUUGGAGAAGUCCUCCAGUGGAGACAGUCCACUUACAUGGAAAACUACUAUUUGUAUUUUUUUACUGUGAGCCUCCUUCCCUAAGGAGACCUCAUGGGCCAUCCAGUCCAACCCCCUACUGAGAAGCAGGAAUGGGAUUUUCCUGCUUCUUGGCAGAAGGUUGGACUGGAUGGCCCAUGUGGUCUCUUCCAACUCUAUGAUUCUAUGAAUUAGACUUUUUAAAUAGUUUAUAUUUUGAACCCAACGGAUCAAAUUCGAUUUCUUUGCAAUCUUAUAGGUGGCCUGAAUUUGCUGUCAAACUAAUAAGAACCACAAACAUCACCCUAAAUGUUAAAUCCCAUUUUAUUCUUGUUGGUCUGCUUAAAGGUAAGCCCAGAUCAAAACCAUUGUAGACAGAAACACUCGAGAAUUCUAACCAACAUGGCAAGUGGCUUGAGGAGUGUAGCUGUUAUGUAUAAAUCUACAUCAACAAUGUUUUCAUUGUAUUUGAACCCAAGAGGCUAAGUUGCAAAAUUCAUUGUAUGUCUCAAAACUCUAUACUUGGAACUUAAUUCUAUGUAUUUGAUUACCAAGAAGCCCAUCUACAAUUUUGUAUCUCUUUCAUAAGUAUGUGUCACAAAUUUGUCUUGAUUGAGUGAGAUCCCGUUGCGAUAUUCAUGAAAACAAUUCUCUUCCUUCUUGCUCUCUAACAGCAUGGAUUGGAUCACUGAAAAAUUAACCUGAAAUAUUCACGUUCUUUUAUACACUUGUAGUGCCCUUUCUGAAAUUUCGGGAAGCAGGGUUGUCCGUUAUGCACAUUCCUUAACUAGCUCAUCUUUUCUGUGUAAAUGAAUUGACACCCCUCCCCAUUGGAAUGACAACAAAAAUUACCCAGAUUGCUUCCAGUUUCACCAUUCCCCCUUGCCCAAAUCAGCAUGAUUUCCUGUAGUUGAUUUUAGUACAAAACUCUAUGCAACAUACCCAUUUUGUUAUGAAUUGGAAGCAUACAAUAUUUUCCUUUCCUCCACAGUGGUCAAGAAUUGUACCAGUCAUAAAUCAUAUAAUGUGAGUUUUUCUUCUUGGUUUUUAGUAUAAUGGUGCAGAGACAGGGAGGGUAUGGCUAGUCUCUCUGCUUUUUUGGUAUAUUUUGCAAGAAAAGAAAACCCCUACAAUAUUGCAUUGUCAAUGCUUAAACUUUUGAUAUGUGUCUUGAACCUUGUCUAAAUGUGACAAUUCUCUUUUAAGAAAAACAAAAACAAAAAAAUGUGGAUAUUAAAUGAAAGGUUGCUGUUUUUGAUCUAGUUGUUUCCAGUGGAACCAUUUGUGGGGGGAAAGUUCUCUAAGAUGUACAUUUUUUCAUUGUAACAUAAAAUGUAAAUAUUUGAUUACAAGUGCUGCAUUUUGAUGAAUUUUUUCUAGCCAUUUUUAAAAGAGGAAAAAAACUAGGGACUGAGUAUUUUGUGUACAGUACGAUGUUUUUCCCACCUCCCUAUUUAAUUUUCUGUUACCAUUUAGGAUUGGAAUUUGCAAAAGGUCUAUUUGAGACCAUUCCUUGCCUCUGCUUGCCCUUACCAUUAAUCCCCUGUCCUGUCCUGUCCCAUCCUACGUCAUGGAGAAUAAAGCUAAUGAUUGUACCAGUCUUAAAUUAUUCAUGAUUAAAUAAAUUUGAUGCUUAUUUAUUCAGA